AUGCCGUUUGAAGAGUUGUCGUAUAGCGUAGAGGACUCGUUUGUCCUGGGAGACAUGAAGGUCUCCAUCCUGAGAUUUUUGGUGCCGCUGGACUAUACAGUGCCAGACUCCACUAUCAGUAUCUGUGUCAAGCUGGUCAACAGCUACAAAUACGGGGAGCCAACGGGUUUUGUUUACGAAGCAGACAUUUCUCGAAAUUUGGAUCACAUACUGCUGUAUUUGCAAGGAGGGCCUGGCUAUGAGUCGGAGUUUCCAAGCGACGCUUCAAGGCCCACUUUUCUCUCUCCACUAUUACGUAAGGGGUAUACGGUGCUGCUUCUUGACCAGCGGGGCACAGGACUGUCGACGCCUAUACACGUUGCCAAACUGCUGAGUCUAGGGUCGGCUGAAAACCAGCUUCAUUAUCUGGAGUGUUUUCGUGCAGACUCGAUCAUCCGCGACUGCGAGCAAAUCCGGCUGGGGCUUGUUGGCCGCUGCAAAUGGACUUUGCUUGGCUACUCGUACGGUGGUUUUUGCUCUAUUUGCUACUGCUCGAUGUUCCCGGAAGCGCUGAAAAAAGUCCUGAUUUUUGCUGGACUUCCACCACUCACAGGAGAUCUGACACAGAUAUCCAUAAAUAACCUUGCUACCGCUAAACGGAGGACUCUGGAGUUCUACGAGGAGUAUCCGGGGAACAAGCAACGGGUGGAGCGCAUAGUUGACUAUCUGAAGAAAGAUAGACCCGCGCUGCCGAACGGGGGUGUUCUGAGCCCCGAACGGUUCCAGCAACUGGGGAUGCACUUUGCCACAGUCGGUGGUUUUGGAUGGAUGAACAAGCUAGUUGUCACCAUGACGCUGGAGCUACAAACGACAGGACAGUUGUCAUACACCACGCUGAAAAAUGCCCAGGACGGGUCCGGAUUCGACUCCAAUCUGCUGUACUUCUUUUUCCAGGAGGCUAUCUACAUGAAUGGCAAUGGGUCGAGCAGCCAAUGGUUUGUCAACAAAAUAAAAGAGCGCGUCCAUGACGACGGAGAAUUUUAUUUCACUAGCGAGCACCACUAUCCUGGAAUUUGCGACGAUUUCCAGUCAUUGAGGAGUCUGAAGCCGCUGUUGGAGCUCGUUCACACAUACGACAGAUGGGACAAGAUCUGGGAUUUAUCAAAGUUGCGCAACGUCACGCUCGCUAAAUUGCCGGUUUACUGUCUGCUCUGCUACGACGACCAGUACGUGAGCACCGAGCUUGCCCUGGCCAAUUCGUCUGUCUUUGAGUUCAAGAGAUGGAUAACCACCGAGUACCUUCAUGACGGGAUUAUCGCGAGCGGCGAAGAGGUGGUGGACAAACUCUUCAGGCUGGUGGAGGGAAGAAUUCCAAAAUAA